AUGGCGUCGGCUCUGUUCUUCCUCGACCUAAAGGGCAAGACCCUUCUGGCCCGCAACUACCGCGGGGAUAUUCCAAUGUCCGCGGUCGAGAAUUUCCCCAUUCUCCUCAGUGAAGCCGAAGAAGAAAGCUCUGCAGUGCCUCCCUGCUUCUCACAUGAAGGCGUUAACUACCUUUAUAUCCGCCACAGCAAUCUUUACAUUCUUGCAUUGACGAAGAGAAACACAAAUGCCACCGAGAUCCUUCUCUUCCUCCACAAACUUGUGGAGGUGUUCACCGAAUAUUUCAAGGUGCUGGAAGAGGAGAGUAUUCGCGACAAUUUCGUUAUCAUCUACGAAUUGCUUGACGAAAUGAUGGAUUUCGGAUACCCACAGACAACAGAGAGCAAGAUCUUGCAAGAAUAUAUCACCCAAGAAUCACACAAAUUGGAAGUCCAAGCACGACCCCCGAUCGCAGUUACUAACGCCGUCUCCUGGCGUAGCGAAGGUAUUCGUUACCGGAAGAACGAGGUGUUCCUGGAUGUGGUUGAGUCUCUGAACCUGCUCGUUUCAGCAAAUGGCAACGUGUUGCGUUCCGAGAUUCUGGGUGCCGUUAAGAUGAAGUGCUUCUUGAGUGGAAUGCCCGAGCUGCGACUAGGAUUGAACGACAAGGUGAUGUUCGAGACAACAGGCCGUGCUACUCGUGGGAAAUCCGUGGAAAUGGAGGAUGUGAAAUUCCACCAAUGUGUGCGAUUGUCGCGAUUUGAAAACGACCGAACAAUCAGUUUCAUUCCCCCAGAUGGCGAGUUCGAGCUGAUGAGUUACCGAUUGAACACCCAAGUCAAGCCUCUUAUCUGGGUUGAGUGUCUUGUUGAAUCGCACUCCGGUUCUCGAAUUGAGUACAUGCUCAAGGCCAAAGCACAGUUCAAGCGUCGCAGCACAGCCAACAACGUAGAGAUCCUCGUCCCAGUUCCAGAGGACGCAGACUCGCCUCGGUUCCGUACCAACAUCGGCACUGUACACUACGCACCCGAGAAGUCAGCGAUCAUCUGGAAGAUCAAGCAAUUCGGCGGUGGCAAGGAGUUCCUGAUGCGGGCGGAGCUGGGUCUACCAUCCGUAAAGGGAGACGAUGAGCACGGCGGUGGAAUGACUGGUGGAUUCGGAGGUAGCAUGGGCGGUGCCGGUGCGAUGGGCAAGGCCAAACGACCCAUCAACGUGAAGUUUGAGAUUCCUUAUUUCACUACCAGUGGUAUCCAAGUACGAUACUUGAAGAUCACCGAGCCAAAGCUGCAAUACCCCUCCCUCCCCUGGGUCCGCUAUAUCACACAAUCAGGCGAUAUCGCCGUUCGUAUGCCAGAGGUCCAAUGA